GGGCAGGCAGCCAGAAGGAGGCAAGAACCAGAAAAAAAAAGAAAAAAAAUUCCGAAGCGCCCGCAGCACUGAGCCCAAACCGGCUUAGUCCCGCCGUCUCUAGAAAGUUCUGCACCCGCCCCCUCUGUCCGCGCUCCCGCUCCUCCCAGCCCCUCCUUCGCGGCGGGGCGGGACCAAUCGCUCCCCGAGCCGCUCCUGACCCACCUACCCCAGCUCUCGCGCCGCGUGCAGAGGUGCUCAAGCCUCCUCGCUGUCCGCAGUCGGUGCCGCCGCGUCCGGCCUCCCGCACGCCCCGCAGGUAGCGCCCCCGCCCGCGGCCCAGAGUGCGCUCGCGCCCGCACCAGCUCCCGGAUAAACGGCGCGCCGCGCGGAGAUGACAGCCGAGGAGAUGAAGGCGACCGAGAGCGGGGCGCAGUCGGCGCCACUGCCCAUGGAGGGAGUGGACAUCAGCCCCAAACAGGACGAAGGCGUGCUGAAGGUCAUCAAGAGAGAGGGCACAGGUACAGAGAUGCCCAUGAUUGGGGACCGAGUCUUUGUCCACUACACUGGCUGGCUAUUAGAUGGCACAAAGUUUGACUCCAGUCUGGAUCGCAAGGACAAAUUCUCCUUUGACCUGGGAAAAGGGGAGGUCAUCAAGGCUUGGGACAUUGCCAUAGCAACCAUGAAGGUGGGGGAGGUGUGCCACAUCACCUGCAAACCAGAAUAUGCCUACGGUUCAGCAGGCAGUCCUCCAAAGAUUCCCCCCAAUGCCACACUUGUAUUUGAGGUGGAGUUGUUUGAGUUUAAGGGAGAAGAUCUGACGGAAGAGGAAGAUGGCGGAAUCAUUCGCAGAAUACAGACUCGCGGUGAAGGCUACGCUAAGCCCAAUGAGGGCGCUAUCGUGGAGGUUGCACUGGAGGGGUACUACAAGGACCAGCUCUUUGACCAGCGGGAGCUCCGCUUUGAGAUUGGCGAGGGGGAGAACCUGGAUCUGCCUUAUGGUCUGGAGAGGGCCAUUCAGCGCAUGGAGAAAGGAGAACAUUCCAUUGUGUACCUCGAGCCCAGCUAUGCUUUUGGCAGUGUUGGAAAGGAAAAGUUCCAGAUCCCACCAAACGCUGAGCUGAAAUAUGAAUUACACCUCAAGAGUUUUGAAAAGGCCAAGGAGUCUUGGGAGAUGAAUUCAGAAGAGAAGCUGGAACAGAGCACCAUAGUGAAAGAGCGGGGCACUGUGUACUUCAAGGAAGGCAAAUACAAGCAAGCUUUACUACAGUAUAAGAAGAUCGUGUCUUGGCUGGAAUAUGAGUCUAGUUUUUCCAAUGAGGAAGCACAGAAGGCACAGGCCCUUCGACUGGCCUCUCACCUCAACCUGGCCAUGUGUCAUCUGAAACUACAGGCCUUCUCUGCUGCCAUUGAAAGCUGUAACAAGGCCCUAGAACUGGACAGCAACAACGAGAAGGGCCUCUUCCGCCGGGGAGAGGCCCACCUGGCCGUGAAUGACUUUGAACUGGCACGGGCUGAUUUCCAGAAGGUCCUGCAGCUCUACCCCAACAACAAAGCCGCCAAGACCCAGCUGGCUGUGUGCCAGCAGCGGAUCCGAAGGCAGCUUGCCCGGGAGAAGAAGCUCUAUGCCAAUAUGUUUGAGAGGCUGGCUGAGGAGGAGAACAAGGCCAAGGCAGAGGCUUCCUCAGGAGACCAUCCCACUGACACAGAGAUGAAGGAGGAGCAGAAGAGCAACACGGCAGGGAGCCAGUCUCAGGUGGAGACAGAAGCAUAGCCCCUCUCCACCAGCCCUACUCCUGCGGCUGCCUGCCCCCCAGUCUCCCCACUCCACCCUGUUAGUUUUGUAAAAACUGAAGAAUUUUGAGUGAAUUAGACCUUUAUUUUUCUAUCUGGUUGGAUGGUGGCUUUAGGGGAAGGGGGAAAGGCGUAGGCUGGGGGAAUGAGGUGGGGAAUCAUUUUAGCUGGUGUCACCCCUCUUCCCUUCCUCCAUUGCACAUGAACAUAUGUCCAUCCAUAUAUAUUCAUCAGAAUGUUAAUUUAUUUUGCUCCCUCUGUUAGGUCCAUUUUCUAAGGGUAGAAGAGGCAAGUGGUAGGGAUGGGGUCUGAUAUGAACCCAGGGUGGAGAGGGAGACUCCUGGGCAGCCGUUUUCCUCAUCCUUUCCCUCUCCCGGUCCAUUUCCAAACGUGGCCUCCAUGUGGGUGCUAGGGACAUGGGAAAAACCACUGCUAUGCCAUUUCUUCUCUCUGUUCCCUUCCUCACCCCCAACGGUGUGGCUGAUGAUGUCUUCUGGUGUCAUGGUGACCACCCCUUGUUCCCUGUUCUGGUAUUUCCCCUGUCAGUUUCCCCUCUCGGCCCUGUUGUGUCCCGAAAUCCCCUCAGCCUCUGCACGUUGCUGAAGGUCCAGGCUUGCCUCAAGUUCCGUGCUUGAGCAAUAAAGUGGAAACAAUAAAA